AUAACGCAUAGAGGGGGAGAAUAGGAGAACGGUCGGAACGGUUACGGGGAGAGGUAGAGAGCGGAGGAAUCAGCAGGAGGAAAACGGUGGUGGGGGCGGUCGAACGCGGCAAGGGAGACGAAGGGAGAGAGAAGAAGCAUGGGGGCGGUGGCUGGUCCGCUACGGCCGCCAUCACCAUCCGUCCCAUCCUAUAGUAAACUCCGAAGCAGCAGUCCCCAAUCUGUCUCCAUGUGUGUUAGUUAGGACCGUGUUUUACCGGUGCUUGCUACUCCAAGCUGGUAGUAACACCGACAUUUCUGCCUUGCCCGCUCUCUGCGAUGCCCUAGCAUCGGCUCUCCCGAUACCGUCGCACUUCCCUCGUUCCUUUCUUCUCUCCGUCUUUUUCCCCGCUAUUCUUUCCCUCCGGUCUCUGUCUCCUUAAGUGUGUUUUGCUUCUGUGCGUGGCGAGGAACGCGUACGCGAAUGAAAAGAAUCGGUAGAGAAGAAGAAGGAGAAGGCGGCGGAGGAGGAGACGGCGAAAGAAGAGCAUCGUAUCGCUUUCUGCACGGCCCGUUUCCAAGGAUAUAACCGGUGUGCGCCGUCUUCCUCUAUUUUUCGAGGUUCCCUUCUUUUCUAUCCCCGAUUCACGAGAGUGUAUAGUGUGAUUAGUUGGGAAGUCGCCAGUGCACUGCAUCGUGUAAUUCGCUAUACGUACGCCUUUCAAUCCGAGACGUCGAUCCUUUAAGACCGAGCGGGAAGAAACAACGGACCGACACGAGAGAUGAUCGCCAGGAGUGCUCUUUGUGCGGAUUGAGUCAGCUUUACGGACGACGCGGACUCGAGCGGAUAUGCACAUGCAAACAGGCUGUAUCUCGAGAUUCGUUACCCUUUUUUUGGCGAAUCCUACCAAGAGGAUCCUCGUAAUUCCCGCAAUCUUCAACUCGGCAUACCAGCGACGAACGUCGAAAAUCCAACGAGUCUGAGACGCGUCCCACCCAAUCGGUCCUCUCGAAUCAUCGUCGUGGAAUCGUCAGUUAUCGAGACGAGGGGAACGAAGGAACGGACGAACUAUCCGUGGACCUCAGCGCUGCCGCCUGCUGGAAUUUCUCCUGUCGUCGUCUGCACACAUAACCUCUCUCCCUCGUCUCUUGGCCGACUCUCUAUUCUCCGCCCUCUCACCUCUCUUGGUCGCUGUUAUCGUUCUAUCUCCUCCUCUCUGUCUCCCGCGAUCACUUGGCUCGCUCGUCUAUUUCGCAUCGGAAGAGAAGAAACGUGAUCAACAUUCCCGUGUUUCGUUGAACUCUACGGUGCGCGCGAGUGACACGUUGCUUUUAAUGUUCACCGCUCGGCGAGUGCUCGUUCACCGGCGCGUGGAUAUCCGGAAUCGAGGCUCGAUCAACGGUGAUCGAGAACACGCAACCGGUGCUGCUCGAUCGCGGCACACGGAGUCGAUUGUCGUUGCUCGAUACAACGCGACCGAACCAACGAGGAAACGAGAGUAACGAUGAGCAACCGCCGCGCACCGAAACAUCGCUGGACGUGAAUAACCAUCGUUCUCGAGAAAAAUACGCGUCUCGUCGGGCAUUUACUCCGUUGCCCAUACGAAUCGUCCUUACGAUCGAACGUGCCCGGAGCCCCCCCGUAAUUCGUAUCGAUGAUUCUUGACGCGGGAACGGGCGGUUAUCGAUACCUCGUACCGGCGACGUAGCUAUCGAACGAUUCGAAAGAGAAACGGGGAGGAAAAGUGCAACCAUGCGUCGCUGUACCUUGAAACGUCACAGAUCACGCUGGACGAACUCUUGAGCCGGGAUCACGAGACGCUCCGCGGCUACGGAACCAUUCAACCUGGCGGAAUCGUCCAAGAGACGCAAGACGUACCUCGGGGAGCACUGGCUCGCGCUCACGCGAAUAUGAGCAUGACUCUCGUCCGAAAUACGUUCAAAGGUUGCAGCGAGGACGAGGCAGCAGGUGUCGUGAAAGUGGAGGUGGGCGUAGAUUGCGCGGCCUGGUCGCCAACCACAGGAAGUGCCGCUGGAGGUGGUAGCGGGCCAGGUAGCGAAACGAGUGGUGGCGGCGGCGGUGGUGGUGGUGGUGGUGGUGGUGGUGGUGGAGGAGGAGGUGGUGGAGGAGGAGGAGGUGGUGGUGGUGGAACAGGAGGGGUUGGUGGCCGCAGUGGCGUCGGCGAGGGCGGAUCGACGAAACAGGGUGGCAAGAGGUGUCCCCAGUGCGGCAUCCUCUGUUGGGACGUCCACAUCCUUCAGCUCCAUCUCGAGGACACGCACAAGACCACCUACGCCAUCGACAAGAACGAUCUCAACGCUCAAUUGUCCCAAGUGUCCUGCGGGGUGUGCAGCAAGACCUUUGCUAACGUCUACCGACUCCAGAGGCACAUGAUCAGCCAUGAUGAGAGUGCCCUGCUUCGUAAGUUUAAGUGUCCCCAUUGCGAGAAAGCCUUCAAGUUUAAGCAUCACCUCAAGGAACACCUCCGCAUCCAUAGCGGUGAAAAGCCAUUCCAAUGCAACAACUGCGGGAAACGUUUCUCUCAUUCGGGGUCGUACUCGAGUCACAUGACGGCCAAGAAGUGCUUGAUCGUGAACUUGAAGAAGCCCAGGCACACAAACGUGAGCAACGUCGAACGCGGCCCGAAGAAGGCGCAACAAUCCCUGCCGCCAGGACGACGCGAGGUCGACCUGCUCGCGGCGAAUAAUAACACUUUCCUCCCUAUUCUGCCAAAGCUUUCACCCUCGGACUAUCAGGAGAUACAACGAGAAGGAGCGGGUAUUUACGACAUGCCGACCCUUCUGCCUCAAGUGAUGGGCUUCGGUAGUUACUUUCUACAAGCGUCCCUCGGCAAAAUCCUGAAUCAGCUACAUUCCAAGAGAUUGGACGAGGUAGCCGAGCAAUUUGAAUCUCAUCGAGAGCUUACGAGCCCGUCUCGGGACUCCGAAGGAACGGAGGGCACGGAGGGCAAAGAGUCUCCAGCGCCUAGCGAUCCUCAGGGUCUAGACGCGGUGCGACGGAUCCUGGAAACGGUGAACACCUCAGUGACCAAGCAACUGUUAGAGGCGAGCGUACGGAAGCUAUCCACUUCACCGGCCACAACGAAACGGGAGUUUGAGGAGGAUUAUCAAGAUCAAGAUAGCGAGAUGUCUAGCGAGAUGGCGCACUGUCCAGACUGGUCAGCGGCAGACCAAUACGAUUCCCAGAGCGAAGGUUUGGCGGCGAAGCUGGAGGACGUGAAUCAGCCGACCGCGAAAUCAGGCUGCAAAAGGAAAAUGGAGGACAGCUCGGAAGUGGACUCCGAGGACGAGGAGGAUGGCUCGCAGACGCACAACGAUAACGGAAGGAGAGUGAGAGCCAGGUCGUUGAUAGACGACGAGCAAUUGGCUGUCCUGAAAGGGUACUACGCCAUUAAUCCCCGACCCAAGAAAGAAGAGAUCAUCAUGAUCGCGAAUUACAUCAAUUUUCCCACUCGUGUCGUUCAGGUUUGGUUCCAAAAUUCCCGGGCGAGGGAUCGACGAGAAUCGAAGAUACCAGCCUUGGUACCGUUGGCUAAUCCAGUCAGUCAAACCGCCAUCGAGCAACCACUUGAUUUGUCGAAGAAAGAAGCGCUCACGCAGUCAACGUGCAAGGACAACGACACCGGUAUCCCUGCCAAGGUCGCGUCGACGCCUCCACGCGAACAGAAGCCCGAUAAUCCGGAGACGGACGACCUGGAGGACUCGCCUCUUGUUAUAGAUGAAGAAACCACCGACUCGACGGAAGUAAAACGCGUAGUUCCUGUCGCGAGCAAAACUGUUCCAAAGAGUCAACCUCAAGCAAACGUGAAGAACGAAAGCGAAACCGCGAGUCAACCGGAGGUUCCACCGGCGGCAGAUAUUGAACAGGGUGUCUACUUCUGCGAUCGGUGUGACAAGACAUUCUCCAAGCACAGUUCCCUAGCUAGACACAAAUACGAACAUUCCGGGCAAAGGCCGUACAAAUGCGUGGAGUGCCCAAGGGCGUUCAAGCACAAGCAUCACCUGACCGAACACAAGCGACUACACAGCGGCGAAAAGCCCUUCCAGUGCUCCAAGUGCCUAAAGCGCUUCUCUCACUCCGGCUCCUACAGCCAGCACAUGAAUCAUCGUUACUCUUACUGCAAGCCGUAUAGAGAAUAGAAGAAGUAUUCCGCUAGUUGAAAACCAAGACUCGUUGGGCUUAAGUUAAGUAUGUGGCACGGUCCUUUUCACUUCCACGACAGGACUCAGCAUUUAAGUUCGAAGAAAUAUAUACCUCGCGUUCUGACGCAGGAACACGAUUA